GAGAUAUACACUCCCACAGUGCAGCCCAUGAUACAGGGCCUUACCGAAGGUCUAAAUGCCACAGUCUUCGCUUAUGGUGCAACUGGAAGGUGAGCAAGCUGGAAACUCCUGUUCUUUCUCUAGAUGUUUUAACACUCUUGACACGGGUAUGUGGCAGCGGGAAGACAUGGACAAUGGUUGGUAAUGACGAAGAUCCGGGACUCAUGGUGCUGGGUUUCAAUGACAUUUUCAACCUCGUGAACGGCAUGCAAGUUAACCCAGGAGAGAGUGUUGACAUUUCAUGCUCGUACCUGGAAAUCUACAAUGAGAUCAUAUAUGACCUCUUGGUGGAAGCGUCUGGAAGCUUGGAGUUGAGAGAAGAUCCUGGUCAGGGAGUUUCUGUUGCUGGUUUAAAACGCAUCAAGGUUCAAAGUGCUGGAAAGAUAUUGGAUUUGUUGAGACAAGGGAAUCUUCGGCGGAAAACCGAGAGCACAGACGCCAACCUGACAUCAUCAAGGUCCCAUGCUGUCCUACAGAUUGAUGUUAAGAGAGUGGUUUCGUCACGCUCAGCUGAACGCGUGAUGGGAGCGAAGCUUUGCUUGGUGGAUUUGGCUGGAAGUGAACGAGCUUCAGAGACAAACAACAUGGGACAGCAGUUAAGGGAUGGCGCAAACAUAAACAAGUCUCUUCUUGCACUCUCUAACUGCAUCAACGCACUAUGCCAGCAGCAGAAGCGAGGGGUUGGCUACGUUCCUUACAGAAACAGCAAGCUGACAAGAUUGUUGAAAGAUGGCCUUAGUGGCAAUUCACGAACUACAAUGGUAGCUACAAUUUGCCCUGCUGCUGACCAGUACCAUCACAUAAUCAACACUUUGAAGUAUGCUGACCGUGCAAAAGAGAUCAAAACACGAAUAAGGACCAAUGUGCGAACUGUGGACUCUCAAUCAGGCGACUACCUCAGAAUGAUUGAGAAGCUUCAGGAGGAAGUAAGCAUGCUGAAGGGUCAGUUGGCUGAGCAAGCAACCACUUCCAGUAUAAACCAUGUUGGUGAUCCCUCUGGCACGUCAUGGCUAGACAACAUAAGUAGGCAACUGAACGAAAACGUCCAGGAGCGGAUUAACAUGCAAAAAGCCAUGUGCGAGCUCAACGAGUGCUUGAAGAGGGCUGGUGAUGAAGUUUGCCGAUUGGACCAGAAGAUUGCUAUUUUACAG